CCAAAUAUGUACGUCGAAACAAGUGUGAAUAUAAUUAACAAAGCAUCGUAAAUAUGCAAAAGGCACUGUAAUAGAUGCCAUUAUGUAGUGUCAUGGAACUCACAUCUGUGUUUGCAUAUAACUUAGUAGCUCUCCGGUUCUUAGCAUAUAUAAACACCUCCCAGUCAAGGCCACCAACAUCAGUUCUCGAAGCCCACAAGAACCAUCAUAACCAUGCGUUACCUCCUGACUCUUUCCCUGGUCGUCCUAGCCGUGCUGAUCCUCCACACCAACGAGGGCUCAGCCGCAUCGAGCACCACCACCACCGACGCCACAACCACCACCACCACCACCACCACCGACGCCACCACCACCACCACGGAUGCCACC